UCAAAGAUAUCCGCUAAUGAGUAGAAUUUUACUUUUGGCAUGCUGUCGAAGCUUGGCUGUAAAUCAGAUACGAAAUAUUGGAUGCAAAUGCGGGUGUAUUGAUUUCAAUAUAGGCGAAUCAAUUGAGGAUUAAGAGUUCGGAAUUAAUUCAUCACCAUCAUUUGUAGCUCUGUUUCGAAAUGCCGUUUGGAAAUCUCUUCCGGAAAACAUGGUCAUCCACAGACAGACUUGAUGGCAAAACAGUGCUCAUAACUGGAGCCAACACUGGUAUUGGCAAAGAGACAGCGCUGGACCUGGCAAAGAGAGGGGCCAGGAUAAUCAUGGCCUGCAGAGACAUGGAGAAAGCUGAAGGGGCCCUGAAAGAAAUCGUAGAAGGCUCUGGCAGCCAAAAUGUUGUCAUCAAGAAGCUUGAUUUGUCAGACACCAAGUCCAUUCGGGAGUUUGCAGAGACCAUUAACAAGGAGGAGACGAAACUCAACAUCCUCAUCAACAAUGCUGGUGUCAUGGUGUGUCCGCAUGGGAAAACAGCUGAUGGAUUUGAAAUGCAGAUUGGCGUCAACCACAUGGGUCACUUCCUGUUGACCCACUUAUUGGUUGACCUGAUCAAAAAGUCGACCCCGGCCAGGAUCAUCAAUGUGUCCUCCAUGGCUCAUUCCUGGGGCAUCAUCAACCUGGACGACAUCAACAGUGAGAAGGGCUAUGACAAGAAGAAAGCGUACAGCCAGAGCAAGCUAGCUAACAUCCUCUUCACCCGCUCCCUGGCCAAGAAGCUACAAGGCACUGGUGUGACGGCAUACUCCCUCCACCCUGGCGUGGUUCAGACUGACCUGUGGCGGCACCUGAGCGCACCUCAGGCAGCUAUCAUGAAGAUGAUCAGUCCCUUCACCAAGACAUCCGUGCAAGGAGCUCAGACCACUAUCUACUGUGCUGUGGCACCUGAACUGGAAACCGAGAGUGGUGGAUAUUACAGUGACUGCGCACCAGCCAACUGCUCAAGCUCUGCUUCAGAUGAUGACACGGCCCAGAAACUGUGGGAGCUAAGCUGCCGGAUGCUUUCUCUGUCAUGGGAUUGAAUAACUCCCAAAUAGUUGUAUGGUUUACAUUUGAGAUGUAUGAGCACUGAAAUGCUAUGAGCACUGAAGAAUACAGCAAAUGUACAGCAUUUUAAAUUAAAGUCCUUUGUCCCAUGGAUACAUAUUA